AUGGCAUCUCCCAGGCUCGAGACUUUCUGCUGCCCCAACAGAGACGCGUCCACAGAGUUCGUCAUUAAUUUCCAGCCGCUGUUUUUCAGCGGCAUCUGCAUCGGUAGCGCAGGCGUCAGCCUCCUUUUCUCCAUCCUGCAGAUGCUGCCCAAACGGAGGAGCUACAGGCGCCUUGGACAAUAUCCGCUUCCCAAGCCGGCCUCGUCUUCUCGAAUACUGUUCAUCAUUAGCGUGUGUGACAUGCUGGGAUGUGCAGGUAUAAUUGUGAGAUCAUCCAUCUGGCUGCUCCUACCUGACCUCGUUAGUAGGAUCUCUGAUGUCUCCAGCAGUGACGUGUGGCCAGAGGUGUUCUGUGUGGGCAGUGCGAUGUGGAUCCAGCUUUUCUUUAGCGCCUCCUUCUGGUGGACCUUCUGCUAUGCAGUAGAUGUCUACCUAGUGGUGAAAAGAUCAGCUGGUUUGAGCACUAUCGUGUUGUAUCACAUGAUCACAUGGGGUCUGGCGGUAUUGCUGUGCGUUGAAGGAGUGGCCAUGCUUUACUACCCCUCAAUUUCAAGUUGUGAGAACGGUCUGCAGCACGCUGUGCCACAUUACAUCACCACCUACGCACCCUUGCUGCUCGUCGUGGUCGUCAACCCAAUUCUCUUCGCCCGCACCGUGUCCGCAGUAACUGCACUACUGAAGGGUCGGCAAGGAGUCUACACUGAGAAUGAGAGACGCCUAGGAACUGAGAUCAAAAUACGAUUCUUCAAAAUCAUGCUCGUUUUCAUGAUGUGCUGGCUGCCCAACAUCAUCAACGAGAGCCUACUGUUCUACCUGGAGAUGCAGGCGGACAUCAAAGCCAGCCACCUGAAGAAUGUGCGCAAUGCCAUUCUCAUCACCUGGUUCAUUAUGGGGAUCCUCAACCCCAUGCAGGGCUUCUUGAACACCUUGGCUUUCCACGGCUGGACAGGCUGCGAUGUGGACCUGAGCUUCCAGCGACGGCGUGAGCUGGUCUGGGACUCGGCCUCCACCUCGGCGGCUCCCGCGGACAGCUACAACCCCAUCGUGGGCUCCACUCUCCACUACCAGAGCCAUGUCCAGGAGGCCAAGAAGAACAUGGCUGCCAACGGGCAGCAGCCCUCUGACGCCAUCAGUGUGCUUUCGGAAGGUUCAGACUCUAGUACAAUUGAAAUCCACAUUUCCAGUGAGCUGCGAGACCAUGAGCAUGCAGACGCAGAUGGAGAGUCGUGGGAGAACUCCACUCGGCAGUAGCUGGGGACACCAACUGCACCGGCUGCCAGACUCUGCCCUCUCCGCACUACUCCGGCCUGGUGAACGCAGUACGCAAGGUUACGCACGGUACUCUAGCCCAGAGCUGGCCAGCCCUUCUACCUCAGGAGAGCAAGACUGGGCACAGGUCCGUCCUCGAGAGCAAUCACUGAAGGCCAAGAAGUGUUUAAAAAAAACACUGACAUACAUUAGACUUUAAAUGCAAAAAGAUUUUGCUUCCCCCCCCCCCCCCCCCCUUUUACUCUUUUUAUUAUACAUUCAACAAAGUGCAAAGUCCAACUAAGGGCUCUUUCAUUUAUUACACAAGUAUAAACGGUGCAUUUCUGAGCAAGUACAUAUUUUUUUAUGUCCCUUAAACUUCAUUAAACAGUCAGUCCAAAGCUACCUCACUGGGUUCUCACUGUCAAGCCCAAACAAUGAUCCAGAAAGUAAAGGAGAUGCGUAGACGUCUAUGCUGAGAAACUGCAUACAGAAUUUGUUUAUGAAGGGUGUGCCGGCAAUUCAUACAUUUCA